CGCCUCGCUUUCUCCGCCCUCGCCGACCUUCUCCUUAUACACCCGACCUCCCCCACCUCGCCUCCGCCGCCUCCACCUCCUCCUCCUCCACCUCCACCUCUCCAAUGGCGACGACUCCAGCGCCCGUCUCGCUCUCGGCCGCGGCCUCCACCGUGCCGGCGCGCCUCCUCGUGGGGCGGGGCGCCGCGGCGGCGCCGGUGGCGAGGCGGCGGGCGAGGAUGGUGGUGGUGCGGGCCAAGAUCCGGGAGAUCUUCAUGCCGGCGCUGAGCUCCACCAUGACGGAAGGGAAGAUCGUGUCGUGGUCGGCCGCCGAGGGGGACCGCGUCGCCAAGGGGGACGCCGUGGUGGUCGUCGAGUCCGACAAGGCCGACAUGGACGUCGAGACGUUCCACGACGGCAUCGUCGCCGCCGUCCUCGUCCCCGCCGGUGAGUCCGCCCCCGUCGGCGCCCCCAUCGCGCUGCUCGCCGAGUCCGAGGACGACCUCCAGGCCGCCCUCGCCAAGGCCCAGGAGCUCUCCAAGGCCCACCCGCAGCAGGCGCCUCCACCCUCCGAUGCCGCCGCGCCGCCACCGCCGCCUCCUCCACCCGCGGCCGCUCCGGCGGCUCCGGCGCCGGUGGCAGCCGGCACGAAGGGCAUUGCCACCCCGCAAGCUAAGAAGCUGGCCAAGCAGCAUAGGGUGGACCUAGCUAAGGUGGCUGGCACUGGGCCGUUCGGGCGAAUUACGCCGGCCGAUGUUGAGGCUGCCGCCGGCAUCGAGCCGAAGCCGAAGGUUGUGCCUGCUGCUUCUGCUGCUCCCGUGCCGCUGUCUGCUCCGGCAAUUGGCGCCGUGCCACAGGCCGCGGAGCUUCCUCCGGUGCCCGGUGCCACGGUGGUUCCAUUCACUGGCAUGCAGGCUGCAGUGAGCAAGAACAUGGUGGAGAGCCUCGCGGUGCCCGCAUUCCGUGUGGGAUACCCAAUUGUGACCGAUAAGCUCGAUGAGCUAUAUGAGAAGGUCAAGUCAAAGGGGGUGACCAUGACAGUUCUGCUGGCGAAGGCCGCAGCUAUGGCACUUGCGCAGCACCCGGUGGUGAAUGCUAGCUGCAGGGAUGGGAAGAGCUUCACUUACAACACCAACAUCAACAUCGCGGUGGCUGUCGCAAUCGAUGGUGGGCUCAUUACACCUGUUCUGGAGGAUGCUGAUAAGUUGGAUAUAUAUUUGCUCUCACAAAAAUGGAAGGAACUAGUCAAGAAAGCUCGUGCAAAACAGCUCCAACCAAAUGAGUACAGCUCUGGGACAUUUACACUGUCAAACUUGGGUAUGUUUGGUGUUGAUAGAUUUGAUGCAAUUCUUCCACCUGGCCAGGGAGGCAUAAUGGCUGUCGGAGCCUCAAAACCUACAGUGGUGGCUGAUAAAGAUGGUUUCUUUAGUGUCAAGAGCAAAAUGCUGGUUAAUGUCACUGCUGAUCACAGAAUUGUAUACGGUGCUGAUCUGGCAGCAUUCCUGCAAACUUUUGCAAAGAUUAUUGAGGAUCCUGAGAGCUUAACUUUGUAAGAUUUCCUUGGAAGUUUCAACUAUCUUCGCUAAUCAUUAGUUUGAUUCCUAUGGAGGUCUAUUGUCGAAUACCAUUUUUGUAUCUUUAAUCACUCAUCGGGUAUUACUUUUCGGUUGUUUGUACUAUUUUUCCUUCUGAAUGUUGGGUACUGUUGGAGAGAUGAUACUAUUAAGUUAUGGAAAGCAAUAAGCUAUAACUGUAGAAUAGUUUGGUAAUUAUAAUUUUUCGUAAUUCGGUAUAUUUUUCGCCCCUCAUGAGUUGUUGUUCCUUCAGAUUCUGUUCUAUAUGAUGCUAAAAGCCAAAUGUAUUCCUGAAUUUGUGGA